AUGUCCUCGGCGCAGACACAAACCCGCGCGCAGCCGCCGGACCACCACGUCGACGAAGACGUCGACGCCGACGCCGCCAUCGACGAAGAGGACAUCACCCUGCGGUGCUGCGCGCCCGUCUACGCCCUCACCGCGCCCGUCGAGGUCGGCGAGAUAGGAUCCGGCGGCCGCGCUGGCUCGUCGGCCUUCUUCGCCUGGCCGCUCCUCGGCCCGCUGCUCUUCCCCAACGAGACGAGCGACGCGCGCGACCACUGCGCCAACGAGCGAACCUUCCUCUCGUACCUCCGCAUCGCCAUCUACCUGGCCGUCCUCUCCGUGGCCAUCACGCUCUCCUUCCACCUCAAGAACCAGCCCACCAACCUCGAGCGCCGCAUGGCCAAGCCCCUCGGCAUCAUCUUCUGGGGCCUGAGCGUCGUCACGCUCGUCAUCGGCCUGGGCAACUACAUGAAAACGGUCAACAAGUAUAGCCGCAGGGUGGCCAUUGUGCAGUCCGGAUGGAGGACGCAGUUGGUCCUGGGCAUGCUCGCCGGCGCCAUCAUCGGCACGUGCAUUGUCCUUCUCGUGGUGGAAAAGCUGCGACCAAGCGAAAGUUCGCUGUGA